AGUAAUCUCAGAGCAGGGCACCUCUAAACGCUCCGAGGCAAGGCCACAGUCACGGAGGAAUGGAUCCCAGGCAGCGGGCUGAGAAUUGGAGAGAGGAGUUAAUUUGUGCGGUCUGCCUCGAUCUGUUUGUGGAUCCAGUGACCCUGGAAUGUGGCCACAGCUAUUGCCGGUCCUGCAUUACAGGCUGCUGGGAAGUGCAGGAGUCAAACUUCUGCCCCGAGUGUCUGGAGGUGUUCCCGGGGAUAAACCUCAAGUCCAACCGGGCUCUUGCCAACUUGGCCGGGAGAGCAAGGCAACUGAACAGGAACCGGAGGCGGAAGACCGAGAAACUGUAUUGCGAGCUGCACCAGGAAGAACUGAAGCUGUUGUGUGAAACCGACAAAAAACUCAUCUGCGGCAUCUGUCGAGACGGGAGGGAGCACAGAUAUCACACCUUCAUCCCCCUCAAUGAGGCUGUCGAGAUUUAUAAGGAUCAGCUGAAAUUAUCUUUGGACUUGGCCGCCAAAAGGAAGGCCGCGGUGCUCAAGGCUAAAUUCAACCAGGAGCAGAAGAUCUCCCAGGUCAAGGAGCAGUCACGCAAUCUGCAAGCCCACAUCAAAUACGAGUUCACCAAGAUGCACCAGGUUCUGGGUGAGCUGGAGCGGCGUCUCGACGGAGAUCUCCGUGAGCGGGAAGGGAGGAUUCUGGAGGCGAUGCAAGGAAACCUGCGGGAGAUUCAAGAUGCCCUGGACUCCGCUGAGCGGGUUCUGGCCCAGUUUCAGGCACGACUCGAUCGGCCAGACGUAUUGACCAUUCUCAAGGAGGAAGGCUCCUGGAAUGCCAAGAUUAGUGACAAUUCGAUGGCUUUGGUGGACAUGGAUCUCCCUCUGGGAAUAUUCAAAGGCCCCUUGCAGUAUUUUGCCUGGAGAGAAAUGCUGGACAUGAUCAAUCCAGCUGGGCUCCAGGCACUGAUCCCUGCGGUUCCUCCACCGGGAUUGUUGCCUGCACAGCCGCUCCUAUUCCCUCGCGUACAGCAAUCAGCAGCUGAUCACGGUAUUGAUUCCCGGUUUUCGGACUCACCGCUGUGCAAGGGAGUUGGAAAUCUGCAUGGUGAGAACAUUACAGGGGAUGCUGGACACGGGCUGACAUUCAGAAAAUGA